AUGGAUUAUCUCUGUGUGAUGCUGUCCUGCUUGUUUCCUCUCAACUACUGGUUUGCUACUGCCAGGGCAGCAAAACCCGAAGAGCACCUCCUGUCUGGAAAGCUAAGUGAGUAUGGCGUGAUUGUGCCCUUCAGUACAGAUUGCCAGGGACGGUUCCUCUCACACAUGGUAUCUGGCUCAGUGGCAGCUGGCAGUGCUGAAGCCAGCCAUCCUUCCAUCCCACCUUCUGCUCGGCACAGGGUGGCUCGCAGCACCCUGGAUGAGCCACUGCACCAAGGCAGAGCUGGAAAUCGCUUGUUAUACUUCAAUGUCACGGUCUUUGGGAAAGAACUACAUCUCCGCCUGAAGCCCAACCGUCGACUUGUGCCACCUGGAGCCUCUGCCGAAUGGCAGGAAGAUUUUCAAGAACUAUUUCGAGAGCCCCUCCAGCAGGAGUGUCUCUUCACCGGGGACGUCUCAGGCAUGCCGGGUGCCACUGUGGCUAUCAGCAACUGUGAUGGACUGGCUGGCCUGAUUCGGACAGACAGUAGUGAGUUUUUCAUUGAGCCUUUGGAGAAGGGGCAGCAGGAGAAGGAAGAGAUUGGGAGGGCACACGUGAUCUACCGCAGAUCUGCUGUCAGACAGGAAAGAGCAGAAUCACACAAGGAUCUUCAUAAUGAAGUUCCAAGCUUCAGUGUGGGUGAGCUCCCAAACUCACUGGACCUGAUUGAAGACCGGCUCGGUGAAGUGGACCGGAAGAGACGCCACGCCAAGAAGGAUGACUACAACAUUGAGAUCUUGCUGGCCGUGGACGAUACAGUUGUGCGGUUCCAUGGGAAGGAACACGUCAAGAAUUAUGUCCUCACACUCAUGAACAUAGUGGAUGAAAUUUACCACGACGAGUCCUUGGGGGUUCACAUUAACAUUGUCCUGGUCAGAAUGAUCAUGGUGGGCUACAGACAGUCAGUCAGCCUGAUAGAGCGGGGGAACCCAUCUCGGAGCUUGGAGCAGGUCUGCCGCUGGGCCCAUUCUCAGCAGCGCUCAGACCCAGAACAUGCUGAAUACCAUGACCAUGCCGUAUUCCUCACCAGGCAAGAUUUUGGUCCAGCAGGUAUGCAAGGUUAUGCUCCUGUCACUGGUAUGUGCCACCCUUUACGCAGUUGCACUCUCAACCAUGAGGAUGGAUUCUCCUCAGCAUUCGUGGUUGCCCACGAGACCGGCCAUGUGUUAGGUAUGGAACAUGAUGGCCAGGGGAACCGGUGUGCAGAUGAGACCAGCAUGGGGAGCAUUAUGGCACCACUGGUACAAGCUGCAUUCCACCGUUAUCAUUGGUCCCGAUGCAGCAAGCAGGAGUUGAACCGAUACAUACAUUCCUAUGACUGCCUGCUAGACGAUCCCUUUGAGCAUGAAUGGCCCAAGUUACCAGAGCUCCCGGGAAUCAAUUACUCUAUGGAUGAACAGUGCCGCUUUGACUUUGGUGUGGGUUACAAAACAUGCACAGCUUUCAGAACCUUUGACCCUUGCAAGCAGCUGUGGUGCAGCCAUCCAGAUAACCCUUACUUCUGCAAAACAAAGAAAGGGCCCCCCUUGGAUGGGACCGAAUGUUCAUCAGGCAAGUGGUGUUUCAAGGGUCACUGCAUCUGGAAGACUUCAGAGCAGCCUUACAGCCAGGAUGGCAGCUGGAGUUCCUGGUCCAAAUUUGGCUCCUGCUCCAGGACAUGUGGGGGUGGGGUGCGCUCCCGCAGCAGGAACUGCAACAACCCACCUCCAGCCUAUGGUGGGCGCCAUUGCCCAGGUGCCAUUUAUGAGUACCAGGUCUGCAAUACUGAAGAGUGUCGUGGACCCUACGAAGAUUUCCGUGCCCAGCAGUGUUCUAAGCGUAACUCUUAUUAUACCCACCAGAACUCCAAACACACCUGGCUUCCUUAUGAGCACCAUGAUGAUGCUCAGAAGUGUGAGCUGAUUUGUCAGUCAGAGGAAACAGGAGAUGUGGUGUUCAUGAACCAGGUGGUUCAUGAUGGUACCAGAUGCAGCUACAGAGACCAAUACAGUGCCUGUGUUCGGGGGGAGUGUGUGCAUGUUGGAUGUGACAAGGAAAUUGGCUCUUUGAAGCAGGAUGACAAGUGUGGUGUUUGCGGGGGUGACAAUUCCCACUGCCGGACGGUGAAAGGGACUUUCAUCAAAUCCCCAAAGCAGCCAGUGGGUGUUUUGAAAAUGUUUGAGAUUCCGGCUGGGGCCAGAUACAUUCAGAUAGAAGAGAUGGAGCCGGCCUCCCAUAGCAUUGCUGUUAAGAAUGAAGCUACUGGAAACUUGAUCCUUAAUGCCAAAGACAAGGAAGCCAAAAGCAAAACCUUCAUUGAGAUGGGCUUGGAGUGGGAAUACACAAUCGAGAAUGGCAAGGAGAGCUUGAAAACCAGCGGCCCCCUGCAUGAAGCAAUCAGUGUGCUGGUUAUCCCACAGGAAGAGGAGUCCAAGAGCAACCUGAUGUAUAAGUACAUUAUCCAUGAAGACCUGCUGCCGGUGAUUGGAAACAAUAAUGUCCUUCUUGAAGAGACGGAUUCCUAUGAGUGGGCCCUCAAGAGUUGGUCUCAGUGCUCAAAGGCUUGCGGAGGAGGCAUCCAGUACACCAAGUAUGGCUGUCGGAGGAAAAGCGAUAACCGGAUGGCGCAUCGGAACUUCUGUGAUAAUGGCAAGAAGCCCAAGCCAAUCCGGAGGCGAUGUAACCCACAGGAGUGCUCCCAGCCAGCCUGGAUGGCCGAUGAAUGGGGAGCCUGCAGCAAGUCCUGUGGCAAGCUAGGAGUUCAGAUAAGGGUGGUGCAGUGUGUCCAGCACCUCCUGAAUGGCACGAACCGGACGGUACACACCAAAUACUGCACAGGAGAUCGACCGGACACACGCAGGCCCUGCAGCCGCUUGCCCUGUCCAACCCAAUGGAGGACAGGGGCCUGGUCCCAGUGCUCAGUCAGCUGUGGAGAAGGCAUCCAGCAGCGCCAGGUAGUGUGCAAGGCCAGUGACAAUAGCAUUGGGCAAUGUGAAGAUGAGAAACCAGAGACUAUCCAAGUCUGCAAAAUGGCAGUGUGCCCAGGAAAGCUACCAAGUAUUGCAGCAAACGCAGACACCAGUGAUCAUGUGACUCCAAAAGUACAGUGGGUACCCCAGGAUGGGCCCAAAAAUCCUGUUAACAAGAUAUCUUCAAAAGAGCCUUGCCUUGGAGACAAGUCCGUAUUCUGCCAGAUGGAAGUUCUGGCUCGCUACUGCUCCAUCCCUGGCUACCACAAACUCUGUUGUGAGUCCUGUGGCAAAAAGGUCUCCACCACCAGCGUGCUGCCCAGUGUAAACCAAGGUGCUUCAGAGACUGGAACUCACGAGGGUGCUUUCUUUCCCAGCCCAGUCACACCCCUGCCUUUUCAUCCCUCUGCCCGGCACCGCCCACAUAGGAUACAAAGCACAGCUGCCAAAGAGACAGACGCAUCCCAAGCUGCUCAUGCCCAGCUGCUCAGCACGGAAGGUUCAGCUGCCCAUGGAACCUCUUGGGCUAAUGCUGUGACCCAAUCUCAGGGCACUCCAGUCGAUGAUACUUCAAAAGUUGGCACCUCAAGACCGCUACCUCCUAGCCGGCAUGCUGCAGCAGGGCAGAGUUCUGGGGAACUCUGGGGCAGCACUGCCUUUCAAUGGUUUUCUCAUGCCUUGAACAAACCUGCUGGUGUAAACAGCGAAAGCGAUUCCUCUGUCCCCUCCCAGGGUGUAGCACGACGGAGAAGGCAUAGUACGGGAUCCGAGCAGCUGGGGAACAGUCUCAGGACCUCCUCCCCUGUUGUGACAUGA